UCAAUUAGCAAAAACUAAGCGCAAAAGGUUGAGCAACCAUGCACGCCGAAAAGCUCGUACCGGCGGUGAUCGCCGCCGUAGCCGUGGCGUGCCUGCUAUUCGCUGGCCGCGCCCAUGGCCUGGAGGGAUACGUUCCGGCGGCGGCGAGCCAGCAGCAGGUGGAGGAACCCCUCGCCAUUAACAAGAACGACGAGUUCCUCCCGCAGCCGGAGGUGAUGCCGGUGCCCACCCAGCUGUUCAGGAGGCCGGGCUUCGCCGUGUACGCCCCGCAGAGGGAGGAGGCGACGACGCAGCCGGGCGCCGACGCCAACCUCGCCGGGUCGUUAGACGGUUACUUCCGGCAGCCAACGAUGACCGAGCCUGAGCCGGCGGCAGAAAUAACGACCGAGCCGGAGGCGGAGCCAGCGCCCGAGACCACGAAGCCAGAGCCAGAGGAUGAGCCGGCGGCACCGGCAAUGGCGACCAAGCGAGAGCCGGUUACACCCACGGCGCCAGGGCAGGGAGACUUUUACCGCACCGGAGAGACGCCGACCUCGCCUGAGCCGCCCGCGAAGCCCUCUUCUCCGUCCAGCGAUGACAAGAGCUCGUACAGCGGCGGCGGCGGUGGCGGCGACAACAAGCAGGUGGACGACGACGGCGAGCCGGUGGACGGGCUGAGCCCCAAGGCCAUCGACAACAUCCUCAAGGAGCACAACGCGUUCCGCGCCCAGGAGGGCGAGCGCCCUCUCACGUGGAACACGACGGUGGCCAAGUACGCGCAGCAGUACGCGGAGCAGCGCAAGGGGGACUGCGCGCUGAAGCACUCGACGGGGCCGUACGGGGAGAACCUGAUGUACGGGGACGGCAAGUCGUGGACGUGGCGGCACACCGUCGACGAGUGGAGCGAGGAGAAGAAGAACUACCACUACACCACCAACACCUGCGACGCCGGCAAGAUGUGCGGCCACUACACGGCCGUGGUGUGGAAGGACACCACCAGCGUCGGAUGCGGCCGCGUCACCUGCACCAGCGGCAACACCCUCAUGGUCUGCAGCUACUACCCGCCGGGGAACUACGACGGCGAGAAGCCAUACUAACUUUCCGAUCAUCGUCAUCCAUCUCUCUAUUCCAUGAAGAGGCCGGGGGCUUCCCCUUUUCGAAAACAAUCUCUCUCUCAUCAACACUAGCUCAUGGUUAAUUUAUUUCAACAUGCCGGAGCUACAACCGGCUUCUGACUUAAUUGGUGUAUAAUUCUUCAAAAAAAUGAUGUACAAUUUGUAUCAUAAUUAGUACUUUCGACUCUCGGAGGGAAAUCUAUGCAACCACUUACCAUU